ACCCGACCCAUUGAGAGCAUUCAGGAAUGGUUGUGCGACUCAGGAGAUAGGGUUUUUCCUCGCUCUCAGUAUCCAAGCGAAAUCUCCAUUAAUUCUGAAAAUGGAGCCAAUAAACGGCGAGCCGGAGGCGCAGCAAUCCGACGUCGUUCCUCCGUCUGCUUCAUCCUACCUCGACCCAAACUACUGGGACAAAAGAUUUGCUCGAGAAGAUUACUACGAAUGGUUUAAAGAUUACUCCCAUUUUCGCCAUCUCGUCCUUGCACACAUCCAGCCGCGUUCUUCUGUGUUGGAGCUGGGAUGUGGGAAUUCCCAGAUGUGUGAGGAACUGUAUAGAGAUGGUGUGAGUAAACUCACCUGCAUUGACUUAUCCCCCAUUGCUGUGGAGAAGAUGAAGACCAGAUUACUAUCCAAGGGCUUUAAAGAAAUUAAGGUGCUUGAAGCAGACAUGCUUGAUUUGCCAUUUGAGGAUCAAUGUUUUGAUGUUGUUGUAGAGAAAGGAACAAUGGACGUGUUGUUCGUGGACAGCGGUGACCCCUGGAAUCCUCACCCCGUAACUACAGAGAGAGUGAUAAAAAUGCUCAAAGAAGUUCAUAGAGUUCUGAAACACAAUGGCACCUUCAUCUCCAUUGCUUUUGGCCAGCCCCAUUUUAGGCGUCGCUUCUUCAACGACCCAGAGUUUACUUGGUCCGUUGAGUGGAAUACGUUUGGAGAAACGUUUCACUAUUUCUUCUAUGUCUUGAAAAAGGGAAAUCGGACAUUUGAGAGCUAUGAAGUGUUGGAGCCAAGCGCGAAUCCAUCAAAAUCUCUAUUUCAAGAGGAGCUCGACGUUGACGACUACUUAUUUAGAAUCAACAUUGAUGAAAUGUAGUGGCUGAAGUCGAACUUUUUUUUUCCUUUUCUAACCUUUUUGCUCUUCGCCGGGGUGGAAACAAUCUCUCUAUUUCCAAGUAGGGAUAAGAUAUACAUACAGACAUCCUGGGCUACUGGUUUUGUUGUUGUAACCUUUUUACACUUGUGUUGAUCACUAGAAUAUGAAAUUCAUAGUCUGUUUUUAUUUUCAGAAGUUAAUUAAGUGGUUUAUAAUGU